GCCACACCAGUUCAGGGCCAUACGCCUGACCCGCACACCAAAAUGCUUAGCCCUAGAUCUACCACGCUCUCGCUGUGGUCAUGUGCGGCCCUUGCGGUCGUGCUGCUGUCGAGCUUUACAGUGCAAGCAAUUUUGCCCCGGCCGGGCCUUGUUCGGCUCGGCAAUGGCCUUUCGCGCAAACUUCAAAGGCCUUUCUCGUCAGUUGCAACGCAUAGCCUCCGCAAGGACUUGCUGGCGCAGUGCAAACUGCAGUUGCGCAAUGCCUCCCUCGACCAUUUCUCGCGGGUGCCGCCGGCCGGCGACGUCACCACCUUUCCGCAGCGCUACUUUGUGUGCGCCUCGCACUGGCAGCGCGAGAACCCGGACGGCACCCCCGGGCCCAUCUUCUUCUAUCUGGGCAAUGAGGCAGACGUGACGCUCUACCUGAACAACACGGGUCUGAUGUGGGAGUCGGCUGCCGACUUCGGAGCCAUGCUGGUGUUCGCGGAGCACAGGUACUACGGCGAGAGUGUGCCGUACGGCAAGGCGGUCAAGAAGCACAUGGGCUACCUGUCGGCGGAGCAGGCUAUGGCCGACUACGCCCAGCUGAUCAUGGAGCUGAAGGAGCAGUUCCAGCUGCCGCAGGGCACUGCAGUCAUUGGCUUCGGCGGCAGCUACGGCGGCAUGCUGGCUGCCUGGAUGCGGCUCAAGUACCCGCACGUGCUGGACGGCGCCAUCGCGGCCUCCGCACCCAUCUGGAACUUCCUGGGCGAGGUCCCGGCCUUUGACGCGGGCUCGUUCGCCAAGGGCGUCACCUACGACGCCUCAGAGCUAGCCGGCUCGGCGCCGGCGUGUGUGGACAAUGUCAAAGCCACGUGGGAUGUGAUGGCCAGCUAUGGAAACGAUGAUGCAGGCCGCAAGUUCCUGGCUGGCGGCCUGCGGCUGUGUCCGGACGUGUCGCUCAAGAGCUCGGGGGACGUGCAGUACCUGAGGGCCUGGCUGGGCGCGGCCUGGGACUACAUGGCCAUGGGCAACUUCCCCUACCCCUCCUCCUACAUCACCAACGGCCACGGCCAGCUGCCCGCCUUCCCCGUGCGCGCCGCCUGCGAGCCCCUGGCGGGCGGCGACGACUGGGUGGACGCAGACCUGCUGGACGCUAUGGCCGCGGCUGUGGGGGUGUUCUACAACCACACCGGCGACCUGGAGUGCUUCGACCCCUUCGCCGGCACAGACCCCGACAGCGACCACGACGCCAAUUGGUGGGACUACCAGUGGUGCGCUGAGAUGCUCAUGCCGUUCUCCAAGGACGGCGACUCGGACAUGUUCUGGCCCGAGCCCUUCGACCUGGCCGCCUCCGUGGCGGCGUGCCAGGACAGCUGGGGCGUCACGCCCCGCCCCCUGUGGGCCACAACGCAGUGGGGCGGCCGCCGCAUCACGGCCGGCUCCAACAUUGUGUUCAGCAACGGCCUGUUGGACCCGUGGCACGGCGGCGGUGUGCUGGAGGACGUGUCCGACUCCAUGCCGGCCGUCAUCAUCCCCGAGGGAGCCCACCACCUGGACCUCAUGUUCUCCCACCCCGACGACCCGCUGUCUGUCAUUGAGGUGCGCAAGUUCCAGCGCGACUCGAUCCGCGAUUGGAUCCAGCAGGCGGCGCAGCAGAACCCCUCCAAUCCAUCUGGAUCCAGCGUCAAGCGCGGGCAGGCGGCGGGAUCCGGCGGCGCCGCCAGUGGCGGUGGCGGCUUCCGUCAGAGGGCCGCAACGGCGGCGGCGGCGGCGGCUGGCGGUGUGCGGGACUCACACCGCCAAGUCCACGGCGGCAUUCAGCGCCCGCACCGCCUGCAGCUGGACCCGCGGCAGCACGUGUCUGGUGACAUGGCGGCGGCGGCGGCGGCGAUUCAGGCGGGUGCGAAUGGGGUUGCGGUGGAUGGGUGUGGCGGUGGCGGCGGCUGCCCUAUGCAUCGAGCCUGGUGUACGGUGCGGGGCUGGGCGGCGGCGGCCUGGCGGCGGGUGUGGGCGCCGGCGGCGGCGGCGGCUGGGGUUCAGGGGCAGCAGGCGGCGGCGGGAGCAGGAGCACACGUUAGCCGGCGGCUGGGUUAGGGCCGCAGUGCAGCGGUAGUGGCGUGUGGGUAGGCCCAGGGUGGAGGAGGGCAUGUCAAGAUGUGGGGGGAUGUUACGGCAUGGAGGAGGACAUUAUGCGCGCGCCUAGUGUGGAACCGCCGCACCCGCACAUGAACACGCGCAGUCAACACGGACGAGCGCCUGUGUUUGGUCGGUGCUGCACGUUUAUGCAUUGUCGGGAUUCUGUAAGCCUGGUGCGCA